CUCUGCCCCGCGCGCCGCACCUCGCCACAUCGCUACGCUCGUGUCCUCGGCGUCUGUCACGCGCUCCUUCGCUGUACCUCCUCAGCGCCUCCGGCCUCGCCCCUCGCGCCCUUGGCUCCACCGAGCGGAUCAGGAACAUGACUGUCACGGGAUUGAGGUGCUUGCUGGUCCUGGCAUGCUGUUGUCUCGCCCUCACCCAGCUGACUGCCGCUCUCCCGCCGCCUCUGCAGGAUUACGACGGCAUGGGCGACGUGUACGACUGGCUGGUGGAGCGCGGACUGGAGCGACGCGCACAGCCCUCCAUGAGACUGCGCUUCGGAAAGAGGGACAUGGGAUGGCAGGUGUCGCAGCGGUCCAUGCCCUCGCUCAGGCUGCGCUUCGGGAAGAGGGCGCUCGAGCAGAAUGAGCCCCUCCUGGACCACGACUUGGUGCGCAAGGACGGCCGCACUCCCGCCCUCAGACUCCGGUUCGGCAAGCGUGACACGCCCUUCGCUCAGGAGGAGGACGUGGCCACUCCGGAGCAGUAAGGGACGAGGCAGGUUCUCCGACGCUCACGCCCCUCCAGGUUCCGUAGUGUCCUAGCAACCGACAUUCCCCGACCGUCCCCACGCCCUCCCCCCCUCCCCCACGCCCCCACGCCCCCUUCGGCAGCAGCCUCCAGCAAGCAAAUCUCUCCAAGCAACGCAGCCAAGGACACCCGAGCGACACUCCCGAAGGAACCCGAGGCAAUGCGAGAACGAGGGAAGGCAGGACGGAAGUUUGACGCCCUUGCCCCACCCCCGCGCGCCUCCCGGACUGAUCUAAGACGCGAAUCAUACAAAUAUAUAUAUAAGGGCAUAGUAUACGCAUAUAUAUAAAUAUAUAUAUAGAUAUAUACAUAUAUACAUAUAUGUAUUCAUUUUUAUAUAUGUAUCUCUACACUGCGCCCUUCGCGAACAGAUGUGCAGCAACAAGUGAUCUUCCGCGUCAAGACCACAUGAGCUCUGGAACCCCUGCCUCCCCCCCCCCACCUCCGGCUUACCCCCCUCCCCCACCGCCCCCUACUUGAACAGCUGGAGGAUUUGUUUCAUAAAGGGACUUCCGUCACCGUGUAUUUAGAAUUUGUCUUCAGAGUUUUAACCUUGUGCUUCAAAGUGCGUGUGUGUGUGUACAUGUAUAUACAUAC